UUCCCCUCUAGUCUAGUUUGGAGCGCUAGGUGUUCUUUGUUUGCACCAUGUGUGCUGCUCGGUUGGUGGCGGCCGCUCAGGCCACGGUGUACUCUUUCUCCGCGCGCCCGCUAGCGGGUGGGGAGCCACUGAGUCUUGGCUCCCUGCGGGGCAAGGUGCUGCUCAUUGAAAAUGUGGCGUCUCUCUGAGGCACCACGGUCCGGGACUUCACCCAGAUGAACGAUCUGCAGGCGCGCCUUGGACCUAGGGGCCUGGUGGUUCUCGGCUUCCCGUGCAACCAGUUCGGACACCAGGAGAACGCCAAGAACGAAGAGAUUCUGCAUUUGCUCAAAUACGUCCGGCCCGGUGGUGGGUUCGAGCCCAACUUCACACUGUUCGAGAAGUGCGAGGUGAACGGUGCGAAGGCACAUCCACUCUUCACCUUCCUUCGAGAGGCCCUUCCGGCUCCCAGCGACGACCCCACUGCGCUCAUGACCGACCCCAAGUUUAUCAUCUGGUCCCCGGUGUGCCGCAACGACGUGGCCUGGAACUUUGAGAAGUUCCUGGUGGGCCCUGAUGGUGUGCCGGUUCGCAGAUACAGCCGCCGCUUUCCCACCAUCGACAUUGAGCCUGACAUCGAAGCCCUGCUGUCCCAGGGGCCCGGCCCGGCAUAGGGCUCCCCUCCCAUCCUGUCCUCGCAGUUGGCAGUUGCUCUUCUGGGGGUUCAUCCAUGAAGAUGUUUCCUCUCAACCUGCAUAGAGGAACAUCUGAUUCCCAGGAAAUUCCCUGAGAUGAGCACUGGCCCUGUCCACCCUGCCUCUCUCUACUCUGCCCAGACCAAAAUAAUUUCCCUCUAAUAAAGUGCUGUGUAUCACACA